CACACACCAUUCACUCUCUGCAAACAGCUGGGUAGACAAUGAAUCCCUCAGGUCACCAUGAGGCUCUUCCAUUGCAAGGAGGGUACCCUGGACAGCCUGCAGGACAUACAGUGGUUCAGCACACCGUGGUCAACGUCAGAGAGUCACCCAAGGACCACAUCGUGUGGUCCAUUUGUACCUUGUUCUAUGGAAACCCUUGCUGUCUGGGACUGGCAGCUCUGAUCUACUCUGUCAAGGCCAGAGACCGGAAGAUGGUAGGAGACCUGGAUGGUGCCAGAGACUAUGGAACUACUGCCUGUCGCCUCAACACUGCAGCCGUCAUCCUGACCAUUCUCACAUUCAUCCUGAUCAUCAUUGUGGUGGCUGUCUCUGUUCACUUUGCGGUUACAGCAGUAACAGAUAACCAUCGCAGCUACAAUUACAACAACCGUUACGGAUAAUAAAUCUCAAACUAUAGAUGCCUGCCGCUGCCUCUUUAUGAUACUUUUUUCUUGUUUAUGUGCAAAUUUUAUCAUUUUGAUUUUUAAAAAAAAUUUUUUCAAGUGUCUUUCAUGGCCUUAUAAAAGUCUCAUCUGGCAUUUUGUCAUAAAUAUGGAAACAUGGUCACUUUCUGCAACACUGAUUCACCCAUGAAACCCUUGUAGUUUGAUGCAUCACAGUGGAGAUAGAAGCUUGUUUUUACAUUCAGUUAAUAUAUUUUGCUGAAAAAGUAUUUUACUUCAGUUUUCUUUGUUCUGAUAUAGUUACCUUUGAAUUCACACUGGGCUGUUGUGAGUAUCCUUGGCUUAUACUUACUUUGCUUUGCACUCAGCAAUGUAGAGAAUAAAAUUUAUCAAUAAGUUUCAUUCCUUUCUUUCCAUAAGUCAUUGAAUCAUGUAUAAAACAGAAAGAAAAAAAGUGCUUUCGUACUCA